AUGCCUCCUUCUGGUCAUCCGAUUGAUUUGGAGGCCCAUCGGAAGAUCUUCGAGGACCUGUAUAUGGUUCAGGACAUGUCGCUCCCCGAGGUCAUGAAGAUCAUGAAAGAAGAUUAUGGUGUGGAAGCCACCAAGAAAAUGUACAAAAAGCGAAUCAAGGCCUGGGGAUUGUUCAAAAACAUCAACGGAGACGAGAUGUUGACGAUGCUACGGAUCAAGGAACAUCGGCGCAGACAGGGCAAAAGAACACAGUUCUAUUUGCGCGGCAAGCCGGUCCUGGACUCAAAGCUUCGACGUUUUGCAACUCGUCAUGGUGUGGUAUUGGAUGAUGAAGACUUUGGUGGUGAUGUGCAAGCUGCUCUCAGAGGCAUCACCUUUUCGACCCCGGAGCCUGAAGAUCGUACUGAAAUCACCACCCCAACACAUGGCAACGCUUCACAUCUGAGCCCAGUGAUAAGCGAUGCGGACGUGACAUCUCUCGACUGCUUCGUGGGCUCACCAAACACAGACCCGCUCCAAGUGCCACGUCGUGAAUAUCCAGAUAUAUCAUGGGAUGUGCCCGUGUCUUCAUCCCAGUCUCUUGCGGGUACGGCGUCUCCGACACAUCAAGUUUACGCUUGGCUGGAGGACACGGAUCAUUCUCGGCUUGAUGGUGAUUAUCACUUCCCGCCACUUUCCAUGGGCCUGGAAUCAGGACACGAUGUUGUCCAGGCUUCAACCGCUCAGUCAUUUCCAUAUGGUCAACAGUUGGAAUUUUAUCAGCCCGCCGAAAGACCUUCCAACGACAGCCUAGAAGAUCCAGCCCUGCCGUUCGGUCAGGCUCCAGAGUUCUUGUGGAACCCCGCUUCGUUUCACAAUACACUCAUAAACAGCGAAGUCACUUUCACAGGACCCUCUCCUACCGAAGGAAUAAACACAAACUUCGUAGCACGGGAUGAGUCAGCAUCUCUUCACUAUGGCUUCUCCCAGGACCACAACAAUGCACCGGUGUCCUACGACGAGCAUGAUUCCAUCAACUAUGGUGGAUGGUACGAUGACAACUUUACCUGGCCCAGUUGA